UCAGUACGAUUGAUAUUCGAUAUUGAACUGGAACGCGAGCAUGGGAGUGCUCAACGACAGCAUCGAUACACCUUAUAUAGUAACUUGAGUCCAUCAAGCAGCAAAUCGUUCGUGUCACUGCUCGAAGGAGGCGUUCAAUCGAUCAAUGUCACAAUCCCUCUACCAAGAUUCCUUCUCGCACCUCCACUCGGUGACCUCGCUUUUGCGAACGCUAUCAAUAUGGCACUGGAAAAGUCGAACACAACGGCCACAUGCGAAUUCAAGCAAACUUACUGGCACGUGAAGUUAGUUGCUUUGUUUUUCAUAAUUCGAUUCGAUUCAGUUUGA